ACGGGACGCAUAGUUGCAGCUGACGGUAAAAGAAGAAGAGGGGCAUCAGCCAAAGAAAAGAAAAGAAAAGAAAAGUAAGAAGCAUGGCUGGAAACAUCAGUAACAUUGUCACCCCUAUAAGCAGCUCUCUGUCGGAACUACAGGCUUUGAAUGGAUUGUUUGCGAUAUAUAAGAAACGAGGGCCGACAUCCGCGGACGUGUUAAACGUGCUCAAAGAAGCUUUACUCAAGGAAGCGGGAGUCAAAAACCCAAAUCCGCGGAAGAGGAAGAAUCAGAGCCUGAAGAUGGGACACGGAGGGACGCUGGACAGCUCCGCCAGCGGAGUGCUCGUGGUUGGUGUUGGGAAUGGCACAAAAAUGCUCAGCACAAUGUUGACUGGCUCAAAGAAAUAUAUUGCUGUAGGAGAGCUCGGAAAAGCAACGGACACUCUGGAUGCCACCGGCAGUGUGAUUCUGGAGAAAGAGUUUGAACACAUAACCAGGCUGGACAUGGAGGAAAAGCUGAAAGCUUUCACUGGUGACAUCAUGCAAGUGCCUCCAUUAUACUCUGCACUGAAAAAGGAUGGCCAGCGUCUCUCUGUCCUGCUGAAGAAAGGUCACAAGGUCGAGGCCAAACCAGCCAGGCCAGUCACAGUGUACAACCUGACCCUACAGGAGUUCAAGCCUCCUCUCUUCACUCUGGAUAUUGAGUGUGGUGGUGGAUUUUAUGUAAGAAGCUUGGUGGAUGACCUGGGAAAAGCUUUGUCCUCUUGUGCUCAUGUGAAGGAGCUGAUCAGAACAAAGCAGGGUCCAUUCACUCUGCAGGAGCAUGCCUUACGUGAGGAGCAGUGGACACUGGAACACAUCUUACGUUCGCUGCAGACCUGCUCAGAGGGAGAGCAGAGGAAGGACCAUCUGAAACCAAAGAAGGCUGUCACCUGACCAGCACCCGGAGAGAAGAGGAAAAGGUUUCCCGCAGUGGGAAACCUGUGGAGCAGUGUAAUGACUGGUUUUGGUCCAUAUUGUUCAGUUUCAGUUAAAUCUGUGAACAUUGCCACAUCUCUCAGAUUAAAAGUGGUAAAACUACAGAAAAGAAAACAAUGUUAAAAUUAUACUGUGAGAAAUUUGUGCAGAUUUCUGUUUAUCAUGCUGCUCCCCCUGUGCAGAUUUACAGUGUAAAUAACCUCAUCACACCCGAGGUGCAAACAGGGGAUGUUCUGUUAGUGAGCAUCUGCAGUGGAAUGAUGAAACCUGCGUCUCUAAUGUUGUGGGUCCUUUCUGAAGGGAUUUUAUUUAUUUCUGGUAAACUCACAACUUCAAUUUCAGAUUGUUUUUUUUUGUUGUUUUUUUUUCAUAAAAUCACCCUAAUAAACUGCUGUAAAGAUGUAUUUUACAAAAAUCCUGUUUGUUUUGUUCCAUGUAGUAAUGUUACUCAUUACAUGGAUCAUUUUAGUUAAAAUACCCAGUAUUAUAGUUGCAGACCUCUGACCUUAUGUAAAAUCUAAUUCAUAUGUGGACCAUUAUUUCUUCUUUUAUUUGCUUCUAAAGUUUUAUUUUAAGUUUCAUUUUAAGAGUGUGCACUUGAUAGAUGAUUUCCGGCUGUGUCGUCCCUGUGUUAUUCCAUUAGGCAUAAAUGGUGAAACAGGUACUAAUUAAACUGCAUU